UGUCGGUGCUGAACCUGGGGCGCGAGCGGACCGGUUGCUCCAGUACCUCGAGGCAACGCCCUCUUGCACCCUCUGUGCCCUGCGGGACCCGCUUCAGCAGCUGGACCAUAUCAACUUGACAAAGGAGCGUGGUAUCCGACGUGGACGAGAGUCUUCCUCUGUUUUCCACCUGGGCGCCCAUUCAGGCGUGACUUUGGAGAUUUCUAUAGUUUCAGACCAAACUAUUUUAUCCUUUCCCAGCUAAGACCAUCUUUUUAGUUUUUUAAAUCAUUAUUAUUAUUGUGAUUUAUAUAUCCACAUCGUUUAGGAAUCUUUCUGGGAGACUUUUUUGACUGUUAAAAUAAGGUGAAAAGCAAUAAGGAUGUUUAAGUGCUGGUCAGCUAUUUUGGUUCUUGGAUUCGUUUUUCUGGGGUCAGAAGGAAGGCCGACCAAAGAAGCCGGGUUUGGCCUUAAAUCCUAUCAACCUCUAAUAAGAUUGCGACACAAGCAGGAAAAAAGUCAAGAAAGCUCAAGAAUCAAAGGAUUCCUGAUUCAAGAUGGCCCUUUGGGAUCUUGUGAAAAUAAAUACUGUGGUUUGGGAAGGCACUGUGUUAUCAGCAGAGAGACAGGGCAAGCAGAAUGUGCCUGCAUGGACCUUUGCAAACGGCACUACAAACCUGUGUGUGGAUCUGAUGGAGAGUUCUAUGAAAACCACUGUGAAGUGCACAGAGCCGCUUGCCUGAAAAAACAAAAGAUCACCAUUGUUCACAAUGAAGAUUGCUUCUUUAAAGGAGAUAACUGCAAGGCCACUGAAUACAGCAAGAUGAAAAUCAUGCUUUUAGAUUUACAAAAUCAAAGAUACAUCACACAAGAAAAUGAAAACCCUAACGGUGAUGACUUAUCUCGGAAGAAGUUGUUGGUGGAUCAAAUGUUCAAAUAUUUUGAUGCCGACAGUAACGGACUUGUAGAUAUUAAUGAACUAACUCAGGUGAUAAAACAGGAAGAGCUGGGCAAGGAUCUUUCCGACUGUACUUUGUAUGAUCUGGUGAAAUACAAUGAUUUGAACUCCGACAAGCACUUGGCCCUUGAAGAAUUUUAUAGAGCAUUCCAGGUUAUCCAGCUGAGUCUGCCUGAAGAUCAGAAACUAAGCGUUACAGCAGCAACCGUGGGACAAAGUGCUGUGCUGAGCUGUGCCAUUCAGGGAGCCCUGAGACCCCCCAUCAUUUGGAAAAGGAACAAUAUCAUUCUAAACAAUUUAGACUUGGAAGACAUCAAUGACUUUGGAGAUGAUGGGUCCUUGUAUAUUACUAAGGUCACCACAACUCACAUGGGCAAUUACACCUGCUAUGCAGAUGGCUAUGAACAAGUCUAUCAGACUCACAUCUUCCAAGUGAAUGUUCCUCCAGUAAUCCGAGUGUAUCCAGAGAGUCAGGCUCGAGAACCUGGGGUAACUGCAAGUCUUAGGUGCCAUGCAGAGGGCAUACCAAACCCUGAGCUUGGCUGGCUAAAGAACGGAAUUGAUAUCACACCAAAGCUGUCCAAACAACUUACGCUUCAAGCAAAUGGCAGUGAGGUUCAUAUAAGCAAUGUGCGCUAUGAAGAUACAGGAGCGUACACUUGUAUCGCAAAGAAUGAAGCAGGAGUGGAUGAAGACAUCUCUUCUCUUUUUGUGGAAGAUUCUGCUAGAAAGACCUUAGCUAACAUAUUAUGGAGAGAAGAAGGUCUGGGAAUUGGGAACAUGUUCUAUGUUUUUUAUGAAGAUGGCAUCAAAGUGAUACAACCCAUAGAAUGUGAAUUUCAGAGGCACAUUAAACCUAGUGAAAAGCUCCUUGGAUUUCAGGAUGAAGUCUGUCCCAAAGCUGAAGGAGAUGAAGUUCAGAGGUGUGUGUGGGCCUCGGCUGUUAACGUCAAAGACAAGUUCAUUUAUGCUGCGCAGCCAACUUUGGACAGAGUCCUUAUUGUUGAUGUGCAGUCCCAGAAAGUGGUUCAGGCAGUAAACACAGACCCUGUCCCAGUUAAAUUACACUAUGACAAGUCACAUGACCAGGUCUGGGUGCUAAGCUGGGGUACCAUGGACAAGACUUCUCCAACACUGCAGGUAAUAACCCUGGCCAGUGGGAAUGUACUACACCACACCAUCCACACCCAGCCAGUGGGAAAGCAAUUUGACCGAGUGGAUGAUUUUUUCAUUCCCACUACAACACUCAUCAUCACCCAUAUGAGGUUUGGAUUUAUUCUUCAUAAAGAUGAAGCUGCGCUACAAAAAAUUGAUCUCGAAACCAUGUCAUACAUCAAGACAAUUAACUUGAAGGACUAUAAGUGCGUUCCUCAAGCAUUGGCAUAUACACACUUGGGAGGAUACUACUUCGUUGGCUGCAAACCUGACAGCACUGGGGCAAUUCCACCACAGCUCAUAGUGGACGGUGUAACCGACUCAGUCAUUGGAUUCAACAGUGAUGUGACGGGCACUCCAUAUGUCUCUCCAGAUGGGCACUGUCUUGUCAGCAUUAACGACAUGAAAGGUCUUGUAAGGGUCCAGUACAUUACCAUCAGAGGAGAAAUACAGGAAGCUUUUGAUAUUCACACAAAUCUGCACAUAUCUGAUCUGGCAUUUCAGCCAUCCUUUACAGAAGCCCAUCAAUACAACAUCUAUGGUAGUUCAAGCACACAGACUGAUGUGCUUUUUGUGGAGCUCUCCUCUGGGAAGGUUAAAAUGAUAAAGAGCCUUAAGGAGCCACUCAAGGCAGAAGAAUGGCCUUGGAAUCAGAAGAACAGGCAAAUCCAGGACAGUGGCUUGUUUGGUCAAUACCUGAUGACACCUUCUAAGAACUCUCUGUUUAUACUAGAUGGAAGACUCAAUAAGUUAAACUGUGAGAUCACUGAAGUUGAGAAAGGAAAUACAGUCAUUUGGGUUGGAGAUGCCUAGGAGCCCUAUUAGAUAAUUAUUAAAUGAAGAGUUUUCCAGUACAUUGC